AUGGAGGUGUGGGAAGCCCUGGCCAAAAUGCAGCCAGACCUCAUCUGUCGCAUCUGUCUGGACUACAUCAAUGACCCUGUCACCAUCGACUGCGGCCACAGCUUCUGCGACUCCUGCAUCCACAUGUCAUCGAAGGAACUGCAGGACACAUUCCCUUGUCCCGUGUGCCCGCAGUCCCGCCAGGAGAUGCGCGUCAGUGCCAACGCCCAGCUGGGCAGGCUGGUGGACCUGGCCAAGCUCCUGCACAGCUCCAGGAGCAGCGAGAUGGCAGUGGCAGAGGAGGGCAGGUGUGAGGAGCACAGGCAGGGAGUGAGCCUCUUCUGCGAGGAUGACCAGGAGCUGGUGUGUCCCCAGUGCGCCCAGAGCCCUACCCACCAGGGCCACCAGGUCAGGUCCAUAGGCGAGGCAGCGGCUCAUCACAGACAGAGGCUUGGUGACUGCAUCAAGUCCCUGAAGAAGCAGCUGGUAGAGCUGCAGAAGCUAGAAGUCGCCCAAGACAGAAACAUCCUGCAGCUGAGAGAGGACAUGGGAAAGCACAGGAAUCAACUGGCCUUGGAAUUUGAGCAGCUCACCCAGUUUGUGGAGCGUGAGCACGAGGCCGCGCUCUGCAGGCUGACAGAAGAGGACAAACGCCUGCAGCAGCAGCUCAGGGACAACCUGGAGGCCUACUCGGACCACAUCUCGGAGCUGAAGGACCUCAGACGGGAGGUGGCAGAGCGGAGCGUGAUGUCUGAGGAGAUGGUGCUGAGGGGCGUGAGGGGCCUGCAGCAGUGCUGUGUGGGCCUGCAGCCCCCGGCCGUGCAGCCCCUGCGCUUCUGGCCCGUGGCCUACAGCCUCCCUCCUCUGCACUCGCUGCUCAACAGCAUCAUCCGGAGAUUCCGAGAGCGCAUCAGCCUGGACCCCGACACGGCCCACCCCAGCCUGCGCGUGUCCCAGGACCUCUAG